AGAGCUCGGUACAGAACAAAACAAGGCGAAGAUAUUAUUAUAAGACCGAGCGAUCAUCACAGCAGUUAUACGAGAAAACAAGGGAAGUCAUAGAGCAUAUACUCACAGCAAAUACCGAUAGCCGAUCUGUACUGAACUCAUCCUCUUCAGUUCUCUACAGUCAAUUAUAGUUCUAUACAAUGCAACCAAGAAUCCAAUAUCAGUCUAAAACCAAUAUCAGCCUGAAGUUUCCUGUGGCAGACAAAAGGGUAAAGCAAACUACAAAGAAAUCUCAAGUAGACCCAUGAAAACAACUGAUAAUAUCAUCUUUAUGCAUUCAUCUACUUUUACCAAUUCUUUAACAAAAAGAAGCAGAGCACACACCUUGAUGGAUCUGUAAAGCAAUGUGGAAUAGAAACCAAAAAGAAGCAUUUGAUUGAAACUAUUUUGGAGAGGCAAAGUUCGAAACUUAAGAAAAAAAAAGGAGCUCUAAAAAAGCAAACCCACUUCGGAAUUCAAUACCUUUCCUCAUAGUCGUCACCAAGCUUAGCAUCAACCACCUCCUUAGCCACCAAGAAACCCAACAUCAAAAGCACCUACAUAACAACUACAAGCUUCUCCAUUUUUCACAAAUCUCUUAUCUCCAUCUGCAAGGAACAAAGCUCAGGCAGAGACAAAUCAGAGGGAAAAUUCGAUCUGAAAACACGAAAAACGGUGCAGUGCAGAAGAUAUGAGUGCAGAUUGGGGGCCGGUGAUCACGGCAGUGGCUCUGUUCAUCCUACUGUCUCCGGGACUUCUGUUUCAGCUCCCAGCAAGGACAAGAGUAGUGGAGUUCGGGAACAUGAGCACAAGUGGGAUCGCGAUAUUGGUCCACGCUGUUAUAUACUUCUGCAUACUCACAAUCUUAGUGAUCGCCAUUGGAAUUCACAUCCACUUCUAAUCCACCUCUGCUUUCUCAUGUAACAAGCAAGAACCCUUUGUCCCCAUAGCUAACGUAAAGAUCUUCAGUCUUUUUCUUUUCUCUCUCUUUUUAGCUUCAAAGGACUGAUUUUUCAACUUUCUUCGUUUUUGUCAAUCUUGAAGUCCUGCUAAUAUGUCUGGUUUCAAGAAGGACGAGAAAGGGUUGUAUC